GGUCACGUCGUCUGCGGCCGCCGGAAGGGGAAGUUUCGCCUUGGAACUCUCCCUCGCUUGUCCGAAUUCGGUGGCGCCACGUCUGCCGGUCUCCGCCUUCUGCACCGCGGCUUCGGCGGCUUCCGCCUAGACACCUUACACUCGCGGAGCCGGCCGCGUAGUGAGGUGGCCCAGGACGGCGAGCCGGGCGACUGUGUGCAUCCUGGCCACCUGAGCGGCGAAGAUGUCAGACAUCGGGGACUGGUUCAGGAGCAUCCCGGCCAUCACGCGCUAUUGGUUCGCCGCCACCGUCGCGGUGCCCUUGGUUGGCAAACUCGGCCUCAUCAGCCCGGCCUACUUUUUCCUCUGGCCCGAAGCUUUCCUCUAUCGCUUCCAGGUUUGGAGGCCAAUCACUGCCACCUUUUAUUUCCCUGUGGGGCCAGGAACUGGAUUUCUUUACUUGGUCAAUUUAUAUUUCUUAUAUCAAUAUUCUGCACGGCUUGAGACAGGAGCUUUUGAUGGAAGGCCAGCGGACUAUUUGUUCAUGCUGCUCUUUAACUGGAUUUGCAUCGUGAUUACUGGCUUAGCAAUGGAUAUGCAGUUGCUGAUGAUUCCUCUCAUCAUGUCAGUACUUUAUGUCUGGGCCCAGCUGAACAGAGACAUGAUUGUAUCAUUCUGGUUUGGAACACGAUUCAAGGCCUGCUAUUUACCCUGGGUUAUCCUUGGAUUCAACUAUAUCAUUGGAGGCUCGGUAAUCAAUGAGCUAAUUGGAAAUCUUGUUGGACAUCUUUAUUUCUUCUUAAUGUUCAGAUACCCAAUGGACUUGGGAGGAAGAAAUUUUCUAUCCACACCUCAGUUUUUGUACCGCUGGCUGCCCAGCAGGAGAGGAGGGGUGUCAGGGUUCGGCGUGCCCCCUGCUAGCGUGAGGCGAGCGGCUGAUCAGAACGGCGGCGGCGGAAGGCACAACUGGGGCCAGGGCUUCCGCCUCGGAGACCAGUGAAGGAGCCACCUCUGGCCUGCCCACCAGCUGCCCUGCUCGGACGAGGCUUCCCCUCUGUGCCAGGCGUACUUAACAACCACGCUCUAGCUAAUGCUGUUGGACCUGACCCACACUGAAUGUAGUCUUUCAAUACAAGACAAAUUUUUUUAAAUCCUGAAGAAAAAUAUGUGUUCCUUCAGUUUGAUGAUUCACAUUCAAGUCCUUACUGCUCUGAAGAACAAAUAUCAACUGUGCAGAUUUCCAAACUGACUAUAUUUUUUUAGUGUCUUCUCUUCCCUUUCCAUCUGAAUAAUGGGUUUGAACAGGUCCUCGUCUGCUAGCACCGAGCUGGUCACCCGGGGUUGGGUAACCAAACCCUUGUCAGGGGGACUCAUCUCUUUUCUGCACACAUGCCUCCCUCCUACUUUUCCCAGUCCCCAAAUUUGCAGCUAGAGGAGGUUCCCCACGCCAUGGUUCUGCCUUUGACAAGUUCUUUUAUUUAUCGACUUUUGCCAAGGCUUGGUCACAAAGAACUUGUUCACGCAAAUUUUUUUUUUCCCUUUGGUGGCAGAACUGUAAAAAUAGGGGAGAAGACUGGAGCAGUGGAUGAAGCACUUCCUCAGCUUUUGGAAUUGCUGCAGUGUUGACGUCAGUUGCAACCAUUUGCCACGUCUUCAGAUUUUUUUAAUAAAAGGCAUCACUGAGUCAGUGAGGGACACAGAUUUGUAUUAAUGAUGUCUGGAGCUUGUUGCUGGGGACUUUUUGCCCUAAGUUGAAUGAUCAAAACUGUUGUGGAGUUGCAUCUUGCAUGGGGGUUAGGUUAGGCUAUGGUGGACCCAGUGGCUGUGCACUGCAUUUAUAAGGCUUUGUGCGUACUCAGAGUGGUUGUGUUGUGUUGUGAGGAGGCUCAAAAUCAGUUUGUCACGGGGAGAUGCUCUCUCUGAGAAGCAUCUGGACACUGAUUCCAUUUCAUUUUCAUUUUGAACAUAUAUUCACUGAGUAGAAUGGAGGGGAGAACUUCCUGCCCUAUUUAAAUCGUCAUUUUUUUUGCCUUUUUUUGGUGGGGGUGGGGUGGGGUGGGGUAUGUGCAUCGGUUAAUUGGGAGGAAGGUGCAGCUGCUUUGUAAAUAGAUGAUUUUAAAGCUAACAUAAGCACAUGUAAGUGAAUUACAAGUAAAUUUUGGGUUGUGAUGGCUUUAGAAUCAGUUGUGCUUGAGGGUCUUUAUAGUUUUAAGUCGUGAAUGUGUAAGUUCUGAGGGUCAGACCAUCUUAAAUACCCACAGCUCCCUUUUCACCAGUGGGCUUUUUCCCUCAGAGCUAGGCUCAUCACCAAAUAAAGUUUUUUGAAGGCGACAGUCUUUUACACAUGUUUUAAUUCUAAGUUUUUAUUUCAUAAGCAAACUGCUAGGACCAGGGUUUAAGCAGUUACCCUAACUUUAAGUCAGCUAAAAAGGCUUUGAUCAUUUUGAUCAGUUUCUUUUCAGGAAGCAUUGUGCUCUGACAGUGUGACUAUUCUUUUUCCCACUCUUAAACAGUGAUGUGUGUGUGUGUGUAUCUCCUCUCCAUGUUUAAUUUAUGUGAUGAAGUAAUAGGUGGGGAGAGUCUGAACCUUGACUGUCAUGUGUUCUGCUGUGGACCUGUGGCCCCAAUAAAAUUUACCUGUUAGGUUUAGAUGCCAUUUUUCUUAUGUUGCAAGUACACUCCUUAACAGGAGUGGAAACUGUAAGCGGACUCGAAUGGUAAAUGAGGCCGAGUCUACAUCCUCUAGCAACUUGGACUGCCUGAAGGCAGUGGUUUAAAGGUUUACAAGUAUUCUUCAGAAUCUUCAGUUCAAGGCAGAAUGUUAAGUUCUUAAACACAUUUAGAAAGCUGGUAAUUUUCUUGAUUUUGUCUGGAUCACCCAUCUUAUUUUGGGAAUACUUUUAGCUAAGCAAGCCAUUUGAGUUUUGACUGGGCAAGGCAAGACAUGACAGUGGAGUCUAUGAAUGAAUGAAAAAAAAAAAUCCUUAUUUUGUAUAGAGAACUUCCCUUUUGUAACAAAUCUUUUUACUGGUAAAAAUUGGAAAUUAAAAUGUACAACUUGAAGGCUGUCUGUCUUAAGUCUCCGCAUGCCUGCUCUGCUGCCUCUUUUAGGUGUUACAUGAUUUCUGUCACCAGUCAUUGCUUGGUGGGUGGGCAUUUAGGAUGUUUCCUGUAUUCUUGCUAUUACAGUGACACAGCAAACAUUUUUGUACAUACUUUUGUCCAUGUGUUGGAGUCUAUUUGUAGGAUUAAUUCCUGGAAGCAGAAUUCCUGGGUUUUAAUUUGUACAUCCUUUUGUCCAUGUGUUGGAGUCUAUUUGUAGGAUUAAUUCCUGGAAGCAGAAUUCCUGGGUUUUAAUUCUUAACGAAGUGUAGGAUGCUUCAUUUAACUUUGGAUUAGAGACCUAUCUGACUAUGGUAAGCUUGAUGGCAUUUCUGUAGCUUCCACCUGUGCAUCUGAGUUCUGGAAUCCUGUAGGAUUAGUUUAAUCCCCUUUCCAUGUAAGAAUCCACAGAGACUUGAAGGCAGAUGCUCAUAGACAGUCCCUUUUCUGAUUCAUCAGAAGACGGGGAGAUGGGAAGGAACAGGGCUGUGCAUUCCUCUUCUGUUACUGGAGAAAUACUGAGACGUUAGAAAGGAGUGAGCCUGCAUAUAUUGAAGGACAGCACAUUGCUAACGUUGUGUUCCAAGCUACUUGUUGAGUAACACUGAUCUAAUAAUAGGAGAUGUAGCAGCUACCAACUGCUGUAUUCAUUGCCAACUCUGUUUCUGUGAGGUCCCUUCCCCUUCUAAAUUUUUAGAUUAAUUUAAUAGUCUGAAUCAACAAAUCUUAGCCUUUGUAAAAAGCCUCUCCUCUCUGUCCAGACUUUUCACUGCUAGGAUCAGAAAGCUGGCUGAGCAAACAUGCAUUUGCUGGGAGUUUACUUGUUUGCUUUCCAGAGUGAUGCUGGUGAUUUUAAUUGGAAUUGGGGGAUAGUGUGUCAUAUAAUUCCUUAUGUGAGUGAUUUAAGUCCUGGAUAAUUUUCUGUGUGCUUCCCUUAUUCUCACAAACAACUCUGGUAAGGUUGGAGUCCCAUUUUCAGGGGCUUGCCUGGAUAUUGAAUAUUAAUAUAACAGGAAGUUUAUGAAUAAUUAUAGCUUUCAGUCUGUGGUUUUCCAAUCUGGUACUAUAUGAGAACAUUUGAGACUUUUAAAAAUUUCAAAUUCCUUAUGUUGUUCCCAUUUGACAAAUCUUGAAAAUUUCUAGUGAUUCUGAUAUUUAGGUGGGUCUGGGAACCAAUGUUUAAAUCAACUUGUGAAAUAGGUAGUAUUCCCAUAUUCCAGAUAAGGAAACUUAAAGAGGUUGAGUUACUUGAUUAAGAUCAAGCAGCUAGAAGGUGUCAGACGAGAUACGAAUCUAACCCUGGGUUAAGACCUCAGCUUUAAGUUGCAGAAGCCAAAGCUCAGAGUUUGACAAUAAGUAAAUGGCAAAAAGAGAUUCUUGGUAUAGGCCGCAGGCAGGCAAGAAUAUUUGGAAACAUUAACUAAAGGUAUAAAUUUGGCUGUCUGUGCAUAGGAGGAAUUGCUCUGUGGCCUGACAGUAUAAAUAUAAAUAAAUAUAUAUGUGUGUGCAACAGGUGUCUGCUGAAUAGUGCCUGGACAGGUGCAAAUAGGACAUGGUUUCUGUCUUCAGGUUGUGUUUGUCCUCCAGAGGCAGAUACCCUGGUCCAGUAGGUAUCACACAUUUGUUGAAUAAGUAAACACAAGUAAUUUUACUACAAUUUGAUAAACUGCUAGGAUAGAAAUGAGUAAAAAAUAGUCUUGGACAGAAGGGUCGGGGCUUUGAAAGAUGGAUAAGAAAUUCCUUUGGGGCCAGGGAAAAGCCAUAUGUUCUAGGUAAAAGGAAUAGUGAGAACAGUAGCAAGGGUAGGGAAUUGUGGGAAAGGGGAGAUUCGUUGGGACUGGAUAUGUAAGGAGUCACAAGGAAAGAGACUAGAAAGGUAGACUGGGGCUUAAUCUCAGAAAGCUUUUUAUAUCUUAGCUUGAACUUCAACUCGUGGGCAAGGGGAAACCAUUGAAAAGGUUUUUGUGUCUGUUCUUUGAAAAAUAACUGGCUGCAGGAUGGAGGGAAGGGCUGGAGGUUAAGUAGAAACUGAAGGCGCAAUGGCCAAAUUUGAGUUGGUUGCCAUGGUACAGGUUUAAGGAAAGGGUUGACCUGAACCAAGGCGGUGGGACAGGGAGCUGGAGGCUGGAUUGGAGAGAGCUCUCUGAGAGCAAAUUGCGGGGAACUCAGGAGGGAGAGGAAGGCUUAUGCUCAGGAGUUUCCACUGGACAUUAGGACACAAUGUAAGCUUCCCAAAGAAACAAGGCUAGUUAGAAUGUUAUUUCUGGGUAUUGUUGGUGCAGCACAUUGGAGAUAAUUGGGUGCUGGUGGACCAGCCUGGAAACCAAGACCAUUUGUAACCGUGUUUCUAUGGGCAAAUUAGUUAUAAGCUCCAAACCCAUUAACUUGAAAAUGCCCUUUGAGAGCACCAUCUCUUUCUGAAGUGGGGACAGCUUUGCAGAGGCCCUGGUGAAGGAGGAGCAGUUCUCUUAAUUACUGCUGCCCACCCUUACCACAAUCCUUCAGGUCCCAGCUUAAACCUUGUUUCAUCAAAAGGCCUGUCUGGAUCUCUGGGCUAGAUGAGACGUCUCCCCAUAUGGUCUGCUGGCCCCUUGCUCUCUGCUUUGCGAAACUUAUUACACCAAAAAACCAUUUGCUGCUUCUCUCUCUCUGGUGGUCUGGAAGUGUCAUGAGGGCAGGGGCUGCAUCUUAUUCAUGGCUGUAUUCCUGGUGUACAGCACAGUGCCUGUCUCUUACAGGUGCUUAUGUGUUUGCUGCACUGAAUUGAAAUUUGCACCAGGUCAUAGGUUGGGGAGGAAUUCGGCCUGUUUAGGGAGAGAGACCAUGUCCUGGUCUCCCAGGAGCCUUAAAGGGUUUGUUGUUGUUGUUGUUCAUAUAAGGGAAUACUAAUGCUUAAUAUUCCCUGAAGCAGAGUAUUAGGAGAGGUUGGAGAUAUUGGGAAGAAAGGACUCAAGAUUAAAAUACUUUUUAAAAAGCAGCUAAACAGCUUACAUCUACAGUGUUUAAUUACCUGCUAACAGGUGUGAGUACUUUGGGUGAUUUGGGCAAAUAGACAUGGUAUAGGUAAGAACAUUUGGGAAGAUUAAUUGUGGGUAUAAAUUUAGCUUUCUCUUCAGGGGAAUUCCGCUGUGGCCUGUACAAAUGCAUGUGUGUUUAGAGAGAAGGAGAAACCCUGCCACGUCAUUAGGGCCUCAGAGACCCAGGUACAAGGCGUAAGGUUCAAAAACCUUAAGAAAUGUUUGCCAAGCUCUUGGUACUCCUUGUCAUCUGGAGCCUUCACCUGACCCAGAUACAUUUGAUCUCACUCAUCUUUGUCAACCAGCUGGCCUUUUCCUCAGGGCUGGCACUGAUGCAGUGAGUGUCCUUAUUAUUUAAUGGCAUUCACUGCUUCUUAAGGGAGGCUUUGGAUUUUGAUUGUGACUGUCUUGAUACAGAAGUAGUAAACCUGGCUUUUAGGAUGUAAGAUAAUCUGUUCCCAUGGGCAGACCUUCAUCACCUUUAGACCAAAGAUUCUUCCUAUUGGAGAGGAGAAAUUGGGACUUUUCAUAAUCCAUGUGUCAGAGUUCUUUGAUCACAGGUACCCAAAAAGGACAGUGGCUGUCUUAAGUAAAAAAGGGCAUGCAUUGGAAGGAUGUAGAAUAGCUCAGACUCCAAAGACCUGCUGAGAAAGCUGACGUAGGAACGGUAGAGUUCUGGAGAGUCCCAGGGAUCCAGGUUGCAGGAACUGAUCUCAUCAGAUCUGCUGAAAUGAAUCAGGUCCACAUUUUUAUUCUAUUCAUGUAACGCUGCCUUUAGAAUUCAACUCCCAAUAAUUGACUUACUAUCCUAGUUUGGACCUUGUGUUUUUUCCCAUGGCUACGAAUUUAGGGGAAAACAUUUGAUUGACAGUCCCUCCCAUUAAGACUAUCCAUAAUGAGGGACGGGUAAUUUUCCAAAAGGAAAUCCGGAUAUGUUUGCCAGAAGAAGGUUGAAGUGGAUGCUGGAUGCCUAAAAUCCCCCACUGGCCCACCAAAAUGUGUAAACUACCUGUGACUGGCCUGCCAGGAGCUCUGUCUUUACCUUUUUCAACCCAUUACCUAGACAACAUUUCGUCCCAUCUCUUUGCUGAAGCUCAUCUACAGCACAUUAGCAAGCAAUGUAGAUUUUGCGGAAGAUUUGGGAAAGAGAUAGUGGAGAGGGUGGACAUUGAACAUCACAAGUGAAGUCCACUUGAGAGCACGGCUAUGUCUUGUUCACCAUCACAUCCCUCAUACUUAGCACAAAGUAUGGCAUGACUAGACUCUGAGAUAAAUGUUGAAGGAAUGAAUACAUUUUUUAACCUAAAGUCUCUUUAGCUAUGAAUCAGUUCCCUCCCAUUCUCUCAACCUUUCCCUUAUGUGGCCUUUCUGUCCCCUGGAAAGUCUUGGUCAGUGGAGCUCUGGCCCUAAACCUCUAUGCUCAGCAAAACAAAAGCCUUGCAGUUAAUCAGGCCUACCUACCUUAGAAAGACAGACUUACCAAAGUUAUUUGCCAGAUAUAAAGCAAGACUAGAUCAGGGAAGCAGGGGAAUUCUAAGACUCAUUUUGUACAUACUAUUCAGGAUUCUGAUAUGCCCCCUUUAGUGGGUUGAAUGGUGGCUCUCAAAAGUCUAUGUCCAUGUCCUAUUUCUUGGAACCUACAAAUUUUACCUUAUUUGGGAAUAGAGUUGUUAUUAAGUUAAGAAUAUUGAGAUGAAGAGUUCAUUCUGCAUCAUCCAGGUGGGCCCUGAGUCCAGUGACAAGUGACCUUAUAGGUGACAACAGGGGAGAUUUGAUAGACCAGAGAGGAGAAGACAAGACACACAGAAGAGAAAGUGAUGCGAAGAUGGAGGCAGAGAGAGGAAUGAAGUAGCCGUAAGCCAAGCAAGCUAAGGAACUCCUGAAACCACCAGGAGCUGGAAGAGCCAAGGAAUGGAAUUUCCCCGAGAGCUUUACCGACACCUAGAUUACAGUCUUCUGGCCUCCAAAACUGUAAAAGAAUAAAUUCCUGUUGCUUUAUGCCA